ACAUGGAACAAUUCACAUUUGACUUCAUGCAUAAAAUCUUCACACUGUAUUAUUUACUUUCACAGUGGGCAGGAUCAGACUUCGGGGUUUGUCAGAGAGACAGAAAAUGGACAGAAGAUGAGAGAGUGGAAAUGGAGAAAUUUGCUCUACUGACUGAAUAUAAAAUAGAUGAAAAAAUUCUUUAUCGUGAAUUUAAAACAAACAUCAGAAAACUGGAAAAAACUGAAGAAGAGCUAAAAAACACUGAGCUGAAACUGUCUAAAUCACUGGAACAUAAAGAGCAACAGCUAGAGGAGUGUAAAAGAGAAAUAGAGGAUAAAGACACAGAACUGAGAAACAGAGAGAAAAUCAUAGAGAAGAAAGACGCACUACUCAAAGAUAGAAAUGCAAAACUAAAGAAGUCGACUGAAGCACUGCAGGAGAGAGACAGAGCUCUACAGGAGAGAGACAGAGCACUACAGGAGAGAGACAGAGCUCUACAGGAGAGAGACAGAGCUCUACAGGAGAGAGAGCAACAACUGAAACUGAAAGACACACAGAUAAAGGAGGCACGAACACAAGUGGAGGAAAAGGAGAGAAGACUUGUGGAGAAGGAAAAAGAAUUAAAGGAGAAAAAUGAACAGCUGACGGUUCUAAAAGAACGUUUAGAGACUAAUGAGAAGACUCUUUCUGAGAGAGGUGAAGCGUUAAUGGACACAAAUAAAAAACUUCAAAAUGCCACUGAACAGAUUAAGGAGAAAAUCUCAGAACUGGAGGAUAUGAAGAAACUGCUGAGUGAGAAAGAAACACAGCUGAAGAACACAGAUAAAGAACUGGAAACCAGUACAAAUAAACUGGAGACACUGGGACAGGAGCUGCAGGACAAGGAGAGACAACUACAGCACAAGAUGAUAGUACUGGAACAAAAGAAAUCUGAGUUAGCAGAAACAAAACAACAUCUUGAAGAGAAAGAGAGGCUUCUAACUGAGAGAGAGACACAGCUAAUGGAAAGAGACAAACAGCUUCAGGAGAAACACAGACUUCUGACAGAAAAUACACAGACACUGCAGAUGAAGGACAAGACACUGGAAGAGAAGGACACGCUGCUCAGAGAGAUAAAUGAGGAAUUGAGAAAGACAAGUGAGAGAUUAGAAGAGAAUCAGACACAGAUAAAGGACAAAGAGAGACAACUGGAGAACAUGGGGAAGGAACUGGAAACCAGUAAAAAUGAACUAGUAGAAAGAGACAAACAGCUUCAGGAGAAACACAGACUUCUGACAGAAAAUACACAAACACUGCAGAUGAAGGACAAGACACUGGAAGAGAAGGAGACACUGCUCAAACAGAUAAAAACUGAACUGGACAAAACAAAUAAGGAAUUAGAAGACAGUCAGCGACACAUGGAGGAGAAAAACACAGAACUGGAGAAUAUGAAGAAACUGCUGAGUGAGAAAGAAACACAGCUGAAGAACACAGAUAAAGAACUGGAAACCAGUACAAAUAAACUGGAGACACUGGGACAGGAGCUGCAGGACAAGGAGAGACAACUACAGCACAAGAUGAUAGUACUGGAACAAAAGAAAUCUGAGUUAGCAGAAACAAAACAACAUCUUGAAGAGAAAGAGAGGCUUCUAACUGAGAGAGAGACACAGCUAAUGGAAAGAGACAAACAGCUUCAGGAGAAACACAGACUUCUGACAGAAAAUACACAGACACUGCAGAUGAAGGACAAGACACUGGAAGAGAAGGACACGCUGCUCAGAGAGAUAAAUGAGGAAUUGAGAAAGACAAGUGAGAGAUUAGAAGAGAAUCAGACACAGAUAAAGGACAAAGAGAGACAACUGGAGAACAUGGGGAAGGAACUGGAAACCAGUAAAAAUGAACUAGUAGAAAGAGACAAACAGCUUCAGGAGAAACACAGACUUCUGACAGAAAAUACACAAACACUGCAGAUGAAGGACAAGACACUGGAAGAGAAGGAGACACUGCUCAAACAGAUAAAAACUGAACUGGACAAAACAAAUAAGGAAUUAGAAGACAGUCAGCGACACAUGGAGUAGAAAAACACAGAACUGGAGAAUAUGAAGAAACUGCUGAGUGAGAAAGAAACACAGCUGAAGAACACAGAUAAAGAACUGGAAACCAGUACAAAUAAACUGGAGACACCGGGACAGGAGCUGCAGGACAAGGAGAGACAACUACAGCACAAGAUGAUCGUACUGGAACAAGAGAAAUCUGAGUUAGCAGAAACAAAACAACAUCUUGAAGAGAAAGAGAGGCUUCUAACUGAGAGAGAGACACAGCUAAUGGAAAGAGACAAACAGCUUCAGGAGAAACACAGACUUCUGACAGAAAAUACACAGACACUGCAGAUGAAGGACAAGACACUGGAAGAGAAGGACACGCUGCUCAGAGAGAUAAAUGAGGAAUUGAGAAAGACAAGUAAGAGAUUAGAAGAGAAUCAGACACAGAUAAAGGACAAAGAGAGACAACUGGAGAACAUGGGGAAGGAACUGGAAACCAGUAAAAAUGAACUAGUAGAAAGAGACAAACAGCUUCAGGAGAAACACAGACUUCUGACAGAAAAUACACAAACACUGCAGAUGAAGGACAAGACACUGGAAGAGAAGGAGACACUGCUCAAACAGAUAAAAACUGAACUGGACAAAACAAAUAAGGAAUUAGAAGACAGUCAGCGACACAUGGAGGAGAAAAACACAGAACUGGAGAAUAUGAAGAAACUGCUGAGUGAGAAAGAAACACAGCUGAAGAACACAGAUAAAGAACUGGAAACCAGUACAAAUAAACUGGAGACACCGGGACAGGAGCUGCAGGACAAGGAGAGACAACUACAGCACAAGAUGAUCGUACUGGAACAAGAGAAAUCUGAGUUAGCAGAAACAAAACAACAUCUUGAAGAGAAAGAGAGGCUUCUAAGUGAGAGAGAGACACAGCUAAUGGAAAGAGACAAACAGCUUCAGGAGAAACACAGACUUCUGACAGAAAAUACACAGACACUGCAGAUGAAGGACAAGACACUGGAAGAGAAGGACACGCUGCUCAGAGAGAUAAAUGAGGAAUUGAGAAAGACAAGUAAGAGAUUAGAAGAGAAUCAGACACAGAUAAAGGACAAAGAGAGACAACUGGAGAACAUGGGGAAGGAACUGGAAACCAGUAAAAAUGAACUAGUAGAAAGAGACAAACAGCUUCAGGAGAAACACAGACUUCUGACAGAAAAUACACAAACACUGCAGAUGAAGGACAAGACACUGGAAGAGAAGGAGACACUGCUCAAACAGAUAAAAACUGAACUGGACAAAACAAAUAAGGAAUUAGAAGACAGUCAGCGACACAUGGAGGAGAAAAACACAGAACUGGAGAAUAUGAAGAAACUGCUGAGUGAGAAAGAAACACAGCUGAAGAACACAGAUAAAGAACUGGAAACCAGUACAAAUAAACUGGAGACACCGGGACAGGAGCUGCAGGACAAGGAGAGACAACUACAGGACAAGAUGAUCGUACUGGAACAACAGAAAACUGAGUUAGCAGAAAAAAAACAACAUCUUGAAGAGAAAGAGAGGCUUCUAACUGAGAGAGAGACACAGCUAAUGGAAAGAGACAAACAGCUUCAGGAGAAAGACAGACUUCUAGAGGAGAAACACUGCACAAACACAGAAGAGUUCGAGGUUCGUCAGGGAGACAGAGAAUGGACAGAAGAUGAGAGAGUGGAAAUGGAGAAAUCUGCUCGACUGAUUGUGAGUGGAGCGACUCAGGACUCUGCAGCACCAAUCAGGAGAAGAAACAGUAUGGAUAGAAGACGUCCAACAUUGGGUGGAGAAUCGUCUAGUCCACAUUCUCCAGUGUCGGUUCCUGUAGCAGAACUGAGGCUGGUGCUGCUGGGGAGGACAGGGUCUGGGAAGACUGCAGCAGGAAACACCAUCCUGGGCAGAGAGGAGAGGAACCAGGCUGAUACAUCUACAGAUACAUCUACAUCCACCCAGCAGAGUGAGAGCACACAGGGGGAGGUGGCUGGGAGGAAGGUGACUGUGGUGGACACUCCUGACUGGUUCUCUCCUGGACUCUCUCUGGAGAAGCUCAGACAGGACGUGGGACACUGUGUCCGUCUGUGUGCUCCCGGACCCCACGCCUUCCUCCUGGUCAUACCUGUAAAGCAGCCUACAGGAGAGGAGAGAGGGAUGCUGGAGAAAAUGGAGGAGAUGUUUGGAGAGAGAUGUUGGAGAAACACCAUGAUCAUAUUCAGUGUUACUGAUGAGCUUCAGAAGAAGAACAUUGAGGACGUUAUCCAGGCAGGAAACCAGGAGGUCCUGAGAUUUGUAGAGAAAUGUGGGAACAGGUUUCACUGUCUCAACAUUGAGGAAAGUGGAGAUGGUUCUCAGGUCUUAGAGCUGCUGGAGAAGAUCGAGAAGAUGGUGGAAGGAAGCAGAGAGAAAUUCUACAGCAGUGAGAUCUACCUGGAGACAGAAUCUCAGAUUAGAGCAAUGGAGACAAAGAUCCUGAAGGAAAUAGAAGAGAAAAGUAUCAGAGAGAUGGAAAUGAAGGAAAAAAUAAAAAAGGAGGUGCAGGACUCUCUAAGAAAGAUAGAGGGAGUGAUCCAGGAGCAUGAAGGAGACAUCAGACAACUUAAUGACCGAACAUCUGAACUGGAGAGAAAGAUGAAAGAAGAGAAGGAUGAGGAGAAAAAGAGAGAACUUGAGAAGGAGCUGAAACGAGAGGUAGAGCGAAGGACAGAGAUUGAAGAAAAGGUGAAGAAACUGAAAGAAAAGAGAGAGAGGGAGAGGAGAGAGAUGGAGGAGAGGCACCAACAGGAGAUGGAGGAGAUCAGGGAGGUGUAUGAAGGAGAGGUCAGGAUGGAGACAGAGAGAAACCUCAUGAAGAUCAUCCUGCCUGAACUCCAGAGAAACAUUUUGGCCUCAAAAAUGAAGAUGCAGGAAGAGUUCAACAGACAGAUGGAGGAGAAGAACAGAGAGCUGGAGAGUUUUAAACAGAGACUUUCAGAGCUCACAGAGACUCAGUCUGCUUGAAGAGGUUUAUGAGAAAACUGUGAGAAGCAGCUCAGAACCAGAGAGAGCAGCUCUAACAGAAGAGGCAUCGAAGGGAAUGUCUCGGAGAUAUAAAGACUUUUUAUUAUUAUUAUUAAAUGUAAGUACCAGUAAUAAUUAUUAUUAUUAUCACCGGCAAACGUGUUACUGCUGAUUUCUGGUCUUGGAGGAUGACAUAACAAAUAUAGCGAGUGUUGAUAAUGUGGACAUUUUA